GCCGCGGCCUUUUUUUUUUUUUCUGGUUUACAUUAACACUUAAUCGUUCGACUGAAUGAUGGAGAAAUGGCGACUCCUAUUGGAGGAUGACAGUCACUGCAACAUGUUCAGGAGCCAAUCAGCAGCCUGCUUGUAGCGAAGUGAAAGUGAAACUGAGGAGACGCGACGGAAGCGACAGCGGGCCUUUGUAUUGUUGGUAAAACUAGUCGAGGUUGUUGGUUUUGUUGUAGAAGUCGAAGUUAUGUUUGCGGCCAACAUGCAGACCGAGUCCUUUGAGAAGAGGACGGUGGUUGUUUCCGGUGUGCCUCACGCGCUCUCCUCCAGUAGGAUGAUUGACAAGCUCAUCGUGCACUUCCAGAGCUCGCGGAGGAGUCGCGGCGGGGACGUGCAGGAGGUCAAAUAUCCCACUAGCCUGGGCGGAGUGGCGUUUGUCACCUUUGACAGAGCUGAAGAUGCAGAGAGGGUGGUGCAGAAGGAGCACCAGAUCAUGUCGGACAACGGGUUUCCUGAAGACUAUCAUCUUACUGUGUUUCCCUUCAGUGAAGAUGUGUAUUUCUACGUAUCCAGUGCAACACUUGACCUCUCAGUCUUUGGCAGCGACCAUGCUGAGGUGCUUCAGAGUCUGAGGUCAGCGCACAGGUCAGUUUGUUUUCGAGCUUUGCAGCACCAGAGUAAAGUCAGUAUUGAGGGUCCGUUCAGUGCCGUCCAGGCCGUGAGAGAGGACGUCAUCAACAGGAGUAGCUGGCACAAAUCUGCAGGCUCUGUCCAAACAGCUGCUGUCAGACGACGGCAGACUCGUCUUAAUCUGCCAGCAGCGUCUCAUUGUGAGCCUGUCAGUCCUCGAAGCGACUGCAGUUCUAAAAAUCUGGAACCAGUGAGCUCACUGGGCUUAUCAACACCCCUGCAGACCACAGGUGAGACAACUGAAGUCCAAAGUCUCUACUCAAAUGCACAAAGUCUAAAAUAUCCCUUGAAGAAAAACCUUUCCAAUGAGGGUUCGACUUCAGGGAGCUUUUGCUUCACUAACAGGAACACAGAGAAGCUCAAAUCUGGACGCUUUCAAAUGGCCGGACCGGCCUGUGUAAUCACAGCAGACAAUAGAGGAUCAUCACCGAGCACAACAGAAAACAGAGCUGAGCGAACAAAAGCAGACAGGGAGGUGGAGAUCAGUGCAGGGUUCAGAUUGGCCUUAUCGGAAGUGGACCAGCUCGCUGCAGAACAAAUAUCAACUAAACGGCCAGGAGGGAGCGAUACUUCACAAAGCCAGCACAGACCGGAUCGUAUUUCACCGGCAGACACUAAACAGAAGAGUUAUUUAGAGUCCCAGCCCACCAGGAAGAAUGAUCUGACUGAAUCAGAUGAGAGCAGCACACCUUCACUCGAGACUGACGUGGACGACACGGACCAGCUGUCUGCCACCUCUCCAGAGGAGCUGGAGGUCGACUCCAUCUGGGUCGACUCCAGCACGUUCAGAUACAUUGAAAAAUUUGAAGUGACUGAGCUCCAGCGACGUUUUAGUGGCCUUAAUGUGGUCAUGGAGUACAGUGAAGAAAACGACCUCAUGCAGAUCAUGCUGACUGGGAGGCAAAAGACAGAGAUGUUCUCUGAGGUCCAGCAGGCUUUGCAGCAUCUCAAGACAUUGGUGGAGUAUUGGCAGUUAGCUUUAAGAGUUCACACAAUCACGUUGGACACGGACAUGUGGCCCGAGAAAAAGAGGCUGAUCCAGAUCUGUGAUGAUGUGAGCUACAUACAUGAUGAUGUCCUUUACAUGGUUGAGGAUUCUUGCUUAAAGGUCAUUGGGCCUUCUAUGUCGAGUCACCAAUUCUCUCAGAGUGUGAAGCAUAGAAUUACUAACAUGGAAGAUACGUUUCUGUAAACGUAUCUGGUGGUGGUGUCGUGAUUCUAACGGGUAAUUCUAUGGUAAUGGAAUUACUAUUAGAACAGGUUUUUAACAGGAGGAUUGCACAGUGGUGGGCACAGAUAACCAAAAAAUUAAC